GCAGCCGCCGGAGCGAGUGACUCUCCGGGUCCUGCGUAUCCCCGCCAUGUCCUCCUCGUCCAGCUCUUCGCAGACCCCCCCGUCCCACCACCAGCCCCCGCCGCAGAGGAUGAGGCGCGGCGCCGCGGGGUCCCCCACUGCCGGCGGCGGCACGGCCGGGGGCCCCGGUAACGGCGCCGGGGGCGGCGCGGCGGCGACCAGCCGGCUGCUCCAGCCCAUCCGAGCGACCGUCCCGUACCAGCUCCUGCGGGGCAACCAGCACAGCCCGACCCGCUCCCCCUCCGCCUCGGUGGGCAGCAAUACCGGACCGGGGGGCGGCGGCGGGGGUCGCGGCGGAGGCAGCCCGCCGCCGCCCAGCGCGACGCCGCCGUUGGCGGCGGGAGGCGGCGCGGCGGAGCCGGGCAGGGUGAAGGGCAGGCAGCGGCGCUCGCCGGAGAGCGGCGGCGGCAGCAGCAGGAGGAGCAGCUCACCUGAGAGACGGAGCCCCAGCUCCCCGGUGUACAGAGUGGACAGGCCAAAAUCCCAGCAAAUCAGAACUUCUGGUACCAUAAGGCGAACUUCUUCUUUGGACACAAUAACAGGACCUUACCUCACAGGACAGUGGCCACGUGAUCCCCACGUACACUACCCUUCCUGUAUGAAAGAUAAAUCUACUCAGACACCUAGCUGUUGGGCUGAAGAAGGAGCAGAAAAGAGAUCACAUCAGCGCUCAGCAUCAUGGGGAAGUGCUGACCAACUAAAAGAGCAGAUUGCCAAACUGAGGCAGCAGCUUCAGCGCAGUAAGCAGAGUAGUCGUCACAGUAAAGAGAAAGAACGUCAGUCACCUCUCCAUGGCAACCAUAUAGCAAUCAGUCAGACUCAGGCUUCUAUUUCCAGAUCAGUCCCUAUGCCACUGUCAAACAUUUCAGUGCCAAAAUCAACUGUUUCACGUGUGCCGUGUAAUGUAGAAGGAAUAAGCCCCGAACUGGAAAAAGUAUUCAUUAAGGAGAACAGUGGAAAAGAAGAAGUAUCCAAGCCUUUGGAUAUCCCUGAUGGUCGAAGGGCCCCAUUACCUGCUCACUAUCGUAGUAGUAGUACACGAAGCAUUGACACUCAGACUCCGUCUGUCCAGGAGCGCAGCAGCAGCUGCAGCAGUCAUUCACCAUGUGUCUCUCCCUUUUGCCCUCCUGAAUCUCAGGAUGGGAGUCCUUGCUCAACAGAAGAUUUACUCUAUGACCGUGAUAAAGACAGUGGGAGUAGCUCACCGUUGCCCAAGUAUGCCUCAUCUCCCAAACCAAACAACAGCUACAUGUUCAAACGAGAGCCCCCAGAGGGAUGUGAGCGAGUGAAGGUCUUUGAGGAAAUGUCGUCUCGUCAGCCUGUCUCAGCCCCUCUCUUUUCAUGUCCUGACAAAAACAAGGUUAAUUUCAUCCCAACCGGAUCAGCUUUCUGUCCUGUAAAACUUCUGGGCCCCCUCCUUCCCGCUUCAGACCUGACGCUGAAGAACUCUCCAAACUCUGGUCAAAGCACAGCUUUGAGCACCCUGACUGUUGAGCAGCUUUCGUCUCGGGUCUCUUUCUCAUCUCUGUCAGAUGACACCAGCACAAUGGACUCUACAGAGGUCCCAGUACAGCAACCGUCCCAACAGCAGCAGCCGCUUUUGCAAGAAAUUCAGACUGAAGACCAUUCCUCUCCUCAGAGCUACGUGUUAAUCUAGACCAAGGUGGAGCAGGCCUCUGCCCUGAAACAAGGAUUGAGGAGAUAAUAGUUCAGAUACAUCUGCAUGAGGUGGCAACCUUUCAGAACAACACGGAAUACUUAGCAGCAUUCGAAAAAAUAUCUCAACGCUGUUCUUGGCAGGGACAGAAUUCAUAUUCAGCAUUUUUUGUGAGAAAGCAGUAAUGCCUGCAGAAUCCAUAUAUCAUUAAGCGUUUUAAGUGGAGACUAUGCAUUUCAUAGUAUGUUUGACCAGAUUAGUACUGUGUCCUGUGUUCUGUUUCAAAUUCUACAGUAUAAAUAAGCUCUAUAUAUAUAUAAAAAAAAAAAAUUUGCCUGUCUGAAUAGAAAAUGUCUUGCUGUGUUGUGUCCUAUGGAAAAUACUGUACUUCAGGAUUAUGUUUACAAUUGAUCCAGGUGUUUAUGUUUCUAACUUCUGUAAUACACACAAUG